AUGCGGGUGCACACGGGGGAGAAGCCGCACAGCUGCGAGUACCCGGGGUGCACGAAGAUGUUCGGGGACUCGAGCUCGCUGGCGCGGCACCGGCGGACGCACACGGGGAAGCGGCCGUACAAGUGCGAGGACCCGCUGUGCGACAAGACGUUCACCCGCCGGACCACGCUCACGGCCCACAUGCGCACCCACGACCCCUCCUGGGAGCCGGACCCGAACGUGUGA